CCGAGCUCACGUGCAGGCAGCCUGCCAUGGGGUCCUGCUCAGGAGAACCCUGCCUCUGCUGGGUCACCUGGCUCCUGCGAUGCACCAGCCUCCUCCUCAGUGCCUGCAGCAAUGUGGCCAACAGCUCUGGAGCCCACGUGUUUCUGAACAGGACCCAGGGAAGCUGUGUGUUGUUUCACGCGGCCAGGGAGGCAGGAGCUGAGCUGAAGGAGAUCUCAUGGGGCUUCGGCCCUGAGUCUGACUACAGAGUCAUCCUGACAGUCUGCUCUAGCACAGAACCCCCCACCUGGGUCAGCCUGCAGGACAAGUAUGAGCAGAGGGUCCACGUGCCCAACAUGACGUCCCUGAGGAUUGACAACCUUACGUGCGAGGACAGCGGGCAGUACCGGGCUCGGGGCAGCCUCACUGGAGGAAGAGAAUUUAACCUGAAUUUCCACCUCACUGUCGGUGCACCCGUGCCCCUUCCCCAGAUCUGGGUCACUUCCUCAUCCAUCACACCAGGCUGGUGCAACAUCACCUUGGAGUGCAGGGCCCAGGGGGCCAUGGAGGACCUGAAGGUGACCUGGGAGAGCAAAGGCCUCCCCGAGGAGCUGGAGCAGAGAGGGAUCCCGGGACCAGCCCCCAACUCGUGGACCCUGGAUCUGAGCCUGCCACUGAGCCAGCCCAACCCCAGGCUCACCUGUGUGCUCAGCAACCCGCUUGACCAGAAAACUGCCACCAGAGACCUUGGGGCCAUCUGUGUCCCUGAUUCAAGUGGAAAGACCAUUGACACCCCGCUGCGAGGCCUCCUGGGGGCCGCCGUGAUUGUCCUGCUGGUCCUCGGAGUUGGACUGUACCUUUGCCGCAUGUGGGUUAAGAAGUAGAAGAUGGAGC